AUGCUGCAGUUAACCCAGCUCACGUUGGACCUUGACCGCGGCCUGGCCCACAUCAACAUCGGCUUCGCCGAGGGCGGCGAGCAUGCUGGCGCGGCCGAGCACAUCGUCAUAGACGAGUUCGAGGCAGCAGUUCCCUUGGCUAAGGUCAUCCUCAGCUUGAGCAAGUCCUGUGUUCGGGGCUGCUGGAGGCACCAGCCAACGGCGAAAAUCUACAUCCAGAAUGGCGCGGCUAUGCUGGAGCGCGGACGCCUCGCGAGCCGGGAGAAGGCCCUCAUGGGCAAGGGCAAGGGGCCGGCCGCUCCGCGGCCGCCAUCCCGGCCCCAUGCGCGGCGCGGGCGGGGCGCCGGGCGCAUGGGCGGCGGCGAGGAGCGGGCGCAGGUGGCCGGCCUGUGGUACGUGGCCAGGAGGCCCCUGACGCCCGGGCCCUGGCCGCUGCUGCUCUUCCUCCACGGCGCCGGCGAGCGGGGCCCAGAGGACGGGACGGAGCUGGAGCUGGUGCAGAAGUACGGCCCUUGGCAGUCACAGGGCGUGGGCUGCUUCUUCCUCCUGGCGCCCCAGUGUCCGAGCGGCGUCUGCUGGCCUGGCAUCACGGACCAGCUCAGCGCCCUCGUGCGGAGCAUCUGCGUGCGCAACGACAUCGACCGCAGCAGGUGCUUCGCCACCGGCAUCAGCAUGGGCGGCUUUGGCGUGUGGGCACUGGCAAGCAAGGACCCCUCGCUCUUCAAGGCCAUCGCGCCCGUGUGCGGCGGCUUCACGCGGCCCACGACCCGGGACACGGGGCUCGCCUCGAUCCUGCAGGCGGCCAGGGUGCCGCCGAAGGCGGAGGAGAUCCGAGAGUUGCGCAAGAAGCAGCUCCGCGUGUGGCUGUUCCACGGCGAUGCGGACAAGAUUGUGAGCGUGAACGGCUCGCAGGGCCCCUUCGCUGAGCUGGGUGGCAGGGCGCGCGGAGAAGACCACCUGCGGCUCACCAUCUACAAAGACGUCGGGCACAACUGCUGGGGGAAGGCCUACAAGACCUCCGAGCUCCUCGAGUGGCUCAUCCAGCCAGCGGGCCAGCCA